AAUGGGGGAAGGUAGUACUAGUACUAGAGAUAUGAGCACCGAUAAAAUAAAUGUUGAUUUAAAUGAAUAUCCAAUUGAAGAUAUUUCUUUAGAGAAUGGUUAUUCAGGAACAGUUAGUGAACAUUUUGAUCAUGAUAUUGUGGCAAAUGAUGUAUUAGAAGUUGAGGAAAUUGAAACUUAUGAGAAAGAAAAUAUUGUGUCUUCUAGUCAGAAUAUUGAGAUAAAUGAAUUUGCAGAAGAAGUUGAUAGAGAUGAAACUUAUAAUGAGACAAAUAUUGUUCCUUUUGUUGGUCAAAUUUUUCUUAGCGAGGAAGAAGCAUUUGCAUUUUAUAAGAGGUAUGCAUAUCAGCAUGGGUUCUCUGUUCGAAAAGGUAGAUUCAUCAAACGAAAUGGAAUUAUGAGGAGGCGUGAUUUUUUUUGCCAUCGUGAAGGUAGAAGCUCGUUGAAAAUCAUAGAACCAUUAAAAGAACAGAGAAACAGAGAAUCAACAAGGUGUGAAUGUAAAGCUUAUUUAAGAAUUUCAUUGCAGAAGUCUCAUGAUAUAUUUCCAAGUGAGUGGCGAGUUACAAAGUUUGUUGUUGAACAUAACCAUGUUUUGCUAACCCAAUCAGAAGUGCGUUUUUUACCGGCUAACCGAACUAUCUCUGAAGAUGAUAUUGAACGCAUUUUCUUGUUAAAAGAAGGGGGGCUUUCAGUUAGACAAUUGAUGCGUGUCAUAGAAUUAGAGAAAAAUGUGAAGCAUGGUUAUCUUCCAUUUAUUGAAAGGGACAUUCGUAAUCUUUUUGUGAAAACCAAGAAAAAAUUUGAAAGAAAUGAUGCCAAAGAUCUUCUCAAGUACUGUGAGGAUGCAAAAAAGAGUUGCUCUAAAUUUCAUUAUGCAUAUACACUUGAUGAAGAGAGAAGGUUAGAGCAUAUUUUUUGGUCUCCUGCUUCUUGCUCUGAUUGGUACCAAAAAUAUGGUGAUGUUGUUGUGUUUGAUACUACAUACAAGGUCAAUUCUUAUGAAAUGCCAUUUGGGAUUUUUGUGGGUAUGAAUAGUCAUGGGAAGACUGUACUUUUUGGUUGUGCACUCUUACGAAAUGAAACAAUAUCUGCAUUUCGUUGGUUAAUGAAGACUUUUAUAUCUUUGAUGAAGAAGCCACCAAAGACUAUACUAACGGAUCAAGAUCCAUGGAUGAAAGAAGCAAUUUCAAAAGACUUGCCAUCAACAAAACAUAGUUUUUGCAUAUGGCACAUCACUUUUAAGUUUAGUAGUUGGUUUAAUGCUAUACUUCGGGACAAAUAUUCAAAAUGGUGUUCUGAUUUUUACGAGUUGUAUAAAUUGGAGACAUGUGAAGAAUUUGAGCAUCAAUGGCCAAAAGUUGUUGCUAAGUAUAACUUGCAGUCAAAUAAACAUGUGAAAGGAUUGUAUGAAAUCAGGAAUUACUGGGCACUCGCUUAUCUUCGUGACCAUUUCUUUGGUGGGAUGACAACUACCGGAAGAUCAGAGAGUAUUAAUGCAUUUAUUAAAAGAUUUAUAAAUUCUCACACAAGUUUAAGUGACUUUACAAAGCAGGUUGAUGUAGCGAUUGAUGAUAUUAAGCAAAAAGAAGACCAUGACAUAAUGUUAGAAAAGUGCAAAAGAAUUAACUUGAAGCUUAUGUCACCCUUGCAAGAGCAAGCUCAUGGUGUUCUUACAAGAUUUGCUUUUCAGAAGUUUCAAGAGGAGUUUGAAAGGUCCACCCAAUAUUCAAUUCAUCAUGAAAAUGGUAAUGAAUUUGUGUUGCGGUAUUAUAAAGAUGCUAAUAGUAGAAAACACAUGGUCUUUUGGGAUGGUAAAAUAGCUACAUGUAGUUGCAAGUAUUUUGAGUUUUGGGGUAUAUUAUGUCGUCACAUUCUCAGUAUUUUUCUUCAUAAAGAUUGUCAUGAAAUCCCUUCUAACUACUUGCCGUCACGAUGGCGGCUUCAAACAUCACAUGACGAUGAUGAAGUAGAUCCCCAACAAGUCAAUGUUGUCUUUGAGGAACAAGUCGAUGUUGUUCACUGUCCUCCACCUUCCAAAACAAAAGGUCGUCCCAAACGAAGACGUCUUAAAGGUGGAAAAGAGCUAUCACAUAACAUGAAUACUUGUGGAUUGUGCAAAGAUGUAGGACAUAAUAUUGUUACAUGUCCUCUAAAAGAAAAUACUCAAUUUUCUGGUCACACAAACAAGAAGAAAAAAAUUUGUAAAGAUGCAAAUUUAAAUCCAAUUCUUCUUCCAAAAGUUUAGGUACAUAUUUUUUCAUUUCAUUUAUUAAAUUCUUUAGAUUUCUAGUUUAAUAUACUUUUGUAGGAUUAUGUAUAUCCGAUAAUUAAUAAUAUUUUGUUUGUUUCUACCCUUUGUUUCUAACAGGAAUAUGUUGGCAAUGUAGCAUGUGGAAUGAUACUUCAGAGUUUAGAAAAGAAAGCUGAUGUUGGCAUAGGCAUGAAGGCCCUGGAUCUAUUUUUUAUGAGUUUUUUAUUUUAAUUAAACAUUUGAACCUCUUUUUGGAUAUUUUUUGUAUUGGAAUGGUAUUAUUUCAUUUGAAUUGCUAAUAUAUUUUGAAUUAGUUUUUAUUAUUUAUUUAAAUUAAAAAAUUCCAGCAAUGUUAAUGAAGGGAUGAAAAAAUACUUUUAUUUUGCAAAAGAUGCUACGCAGGUGCUUCAUACUCAGUAAAGAGACAAAAAAGUCAGAAAAAAAGAAACUCUUCAGUUU